AUAGGGCCGGGGAAGGGUGUGUUGGACUGGGAGCUUGUACUAACUAGUAUUUGGACUACCGAGUCGUGUCGUAUGGAGGUACAGGUUCAGAGUCAGCCACAGCCCCCCACCAUCCUGGAGAAUGGGGAGGCCCAGGACCCUGAACCACACCCUGUGGAGUUCAACGGUCAUCGUCAUGUCAACGGUGGGGAGGCAGAGCUGCCCGUCUCCAAGUCUCAGAGGAGACGCAGCGAUGUCAAAGUCUACAAGGAGUUCUGUGACUUCUACGCACGCUUCAACAUGGCCAGUGCCCUGGCCAAUGCGAUGUGUGAGCGCUGUAAGAGUGGCUUUGCCCCGGCGGAGAAGAUCGUCAACAGUAACGGGGAGCUGUACCAUGAGGGAUGCUUCGUCUGUGCUCAGUGCUUCCAACAAUUCCCUGAGGGUCUCUUCUAUGAGUUUGAGGGCAGGAAGUACUGCGAGCACGACUUCCAGAUGCUGUUUGCUCCCUGCUGCCACCAGUGUGGGGAGUUUAUCAUUGGCCGUGUGAUCAAGGCGAUGAACAACAGCUGGCACCCUGACUGUUUCUGCUGUGACCUCUGCCAGGCCGUGCUGGCUGACGUGGGCUUCGUCAAGAACGCCGGCAGACACCUGUGUCGCCCAUGUCAUAACCGUGAGAAAGCCCGUGGUCUGGGGAAGUACAUCUGUCAGAAGUGCCACGCCAUCAUCGAGGAGCAGCCGCUGCUGUUCAAGAACGACCCCUACCACCCGGACCACUUCAACUGCAACAACUGCGGUAAGGAACUGACGGCUGAUGCCAGGGAGCUGAAGGGAGAGCUGUACUGCCUGCCCUGCCAUGACAAGAUGGGCGUUCCCAUAUGUGGAGCCUGCAGGAGACCCAUCGAGGGCCGCGUGGUCAAUGCCAUGGGCAAGCAGUGGCACGUCGAGCAUUUUGUGUGUGCUAAGUGUGAGAAGCCCUUCCUGGGCCAUCGCCACUACGAACGCAAAGGACUGGCCUACUGUGAGACUCACUACAACCAGCUCUUUGGAGAUGUCUGCUACCACUGCAACCGUGUCAUUGAGGGUGAUGUGGUUUCAGCCCUGAACAAGGCAUGGUGUGUCAACUGCUUUGCCUGUUCCACCUGCAACACCAAGCUCACCCUCAAGAACAAGUUUGUGGAGUUUGACAUGAAGCCGGUGUGUAAGAAGUGUUACGAGAAGUUUCCUCUGGAGCUCAAGAAGAGGCUCAAGAAGCUGGCAGAGACCGUGGGCCGGAAGUAGAGAGACAGACAUGCUAGAAACAGACAAAAGUGAUAUCAGAGUGUUUGAGCAAGCACAUGACCUUUGUUCUUUGUGUAAAUUUAGGGAUUAAAACCACUCUACCCAACCCCUCAUAGGUUGAUGAAAAUAAGAUUUACAAUAUUAUUCCGUUCAUUCAUGCCUGGUUAAAUAGUGACAACCCAUGAGCAGAGAGAGAGACUGUACACAAGAAAGGGUCAUCCCCAAAUCAGUGCCUUUGUCUGAAUACAUAUUCAUAUUAUAUUCAUAUAUAUCCUUGAUAUAAUUAUCUCAUAUAUUUCAUAAUUCUUUUAGCUUAAAAUUUCCCUUCAUAACCCAACUUGUAUAUUUAAGUAUGCAUCAAUGGUCCUGGUAUUUUGUCAGGUGAAUAAAAAGUAUUGGUAAGGUUGUUUCUGCUUUAGCCAACUACUUUAUCAUUGUCAUGCCAUACAAGAAGAAACAGACAGACACCUGGGCUAUGUUACUGUUGCUACACAUAAUCACAUUACUGUGCAGCAGAACUGGAUCCAAUAUAAAUAUAUAUAUACAGUACCAGUCAAAAGUUUGGACACACCUUUCAUUCAAGGAUUUUUCUUUAUUUGUACUAUUUUCUACAUUGUAGAAUAAU